AUGCAUGUUGAAUGGUGCAAAGUGUGGGCAUGGGCCCACAGAUGGUCAGAGAAGUGCAAGCUUUUGCAGGAAGAAAUGCACCACAUCAAGGCUUACCAUGAGUGGAAGGCCACUAUGUGGUCAAGGCAGGCUGAUUGUCAAUCUGAUGCAAUGCCUAUUCUUCGUAAAGGUCUGCUUGUCUAUGCUCACUGA